AAAAACUUUCCUACACAUUUGUCAAAAAAAAAAAAAAAAAGAACAAUAAAUAACCUACACAUUUAUUUCUUAUCACAGUUGUCGUCCAUUUUUUUUCAUCAGGUAAACCCAACGCAGGCAGUGCUGACUCCGGCAAAACUCUUAUAUCCUUCUUUUCUCCAAUUCGAACAAAAAAACCCCUAAAUUCUCUCUUUGCCGCCCCUUCAUUUGGGUCCUCCGCUCAACCUAUUUGUUCAUCGCUAUCAGGAAUGAUGGUGCUAAUUUUUCGUAGGUCUUUUUAAUUAGACCUGGAGGUUUGCUGAUGACAAGUUGCCUUGGCAUUCUAUCUUGAGUUUCCUUGUAUUUAGAGCAUUUCUUGUAAUUGUAACAGUUUGGAUUUCAAAAUACUUUUGUAUAGACCUGUAAACUGUUAACGUUCUUUUGCUUGUACAUCCAACUUAAUUGUCAGACUUCAACAGCAAUUUAAGAUUUGAAUUUACUGAGGAUUAUUCUACAAAUGAUAAUUCUUUCCAUUCCAAGUAUAUAUGUGCAUCUCAUUGGAUACUUGUAGAUAUAUAUUGGUUAUAUGUGCGAAAGGAGAGAGGCUAUAGAUUUCACUUCUUUGUUGGUGAGUGUCUGAUCACCUUCUGGAGACUCUUCAUACACUUCAACAAUGGAGAGCUUGACACAAUUUGAAGUGUUGUGUGAAAAGCUAUACACUUCACAGGACUCUACCGAACGAGCUCAUGCUGAGAGAGCUCUCAAAUGCUUUUCAACAAAUACUGAUUAUAUUUCACAAUGCCAAUACAUUCUGGAUAAUGCAUCAACUUCUUAUGCACUCAUGAUGGCUAGUUCGAGCUUAUUGAAGCAAGUGAUGGAUCACAGCCUCCCUUUGCAACUCCGGCUUGACAUCCGAAACUAUCUUAUAAGCUAUCUGGCUGCCAGAGGAGCUAAGUUGGAGCCUUUUGUUAUUGGAUCACUUAUUCAACUCUUUUGUCGAAUUACAAAGUUUGGAUGGCUUGAUGAUGACAAAUUCAAAGAGGUAGUUAAAGAGACAAUAGACUUCUUGAGUCAGGGAUCAUAUCACUAUGCAAUUGGUUUGAAGAUACUAAAUCAGCUUGUUUCUGAGAUGAAUCAGCCCUAUCCUGGAUUCCCUGCUCCUCGUCAACGCAGGAUAGCUAGCUGUUUCAGGGAUCAAUCACUUCUUCAAAUUUUCCAGAUAUCUAUAAGUUCAUUGCACCAGGUUAAAAAUGAUGUUGGAAGUAAGAUGCAGGAAUUGGUCAUCUCACUCGCCCUCAGUUGUUUAUCAUUUGAUUUUUUGGGGACGUCAUUUGAUGAAAGUUCAGAUGAGAUUGGUACUAUUCAGAUUCCAAAUUCUUGGAGGCCAAUCCUUGAGGAUCCUUCCACACUGCAAAUCUUUUUUGAUUAUUACACAAUUACUCAACCUCAUUUUUCAAAGGAGGUACUGGAGUGCUUGGUAUGUCUUGCUUCUGUACGACGAUCACUAUUUACAAGUGAAUCUUCUCGAGUUCAGUUUUUAUCACAACUAAUGAUGGGAAGCAAAGAAAUUCUGCAAACUGGAAGAGGUCUUUCAGAUCAUGACAAUUAUCAUGUCUUUUGUCGCUUGCUUGCCCGCUUCAAAAUUAAUUUUCAGUUGACAGAACUUAUUAAUGCUGAGGGCUAUAGUGAUUGGAUAUGCUUAAUUGCAGAAUUCACGAUGAAGUCGCUACGUUCUUGGCAGUGGGCCAGCAGCAGUGUUUACUAUGUUUUGGGGCUUUGGUCGAGAUUGGUGGCAUCUAUUCCAUACUUUAAAGGUGACAAACCAAACAUGCUGGAUAAGUAUGUGCCUACAAUUAUAGAAUGCUUUGUAUCUACAAGGUUUGAUUCUUUACAGUCUGAAUUCUCUGACGAGCUUGCCGAGAACUCACUUGACAACAUUGAACUUCUUCAGGAUCAUCUUGAUUUCAUUCCUUACCUCUGCAGAUUUCAGUAUGAAAGCUGCAGUUCGUAUAUAAUGAAGGUUAUGGAGCCUAUCUUGCAUAUGUAUUUGGAACAGGCAAAACUCCAAGGUUGUAAUGAGUUUUCCGUGACUGAAGCCAAACUGACCUGGAUAGUGCAUAUUGUUGCUGCUAUUCUUAAGACAAAGCAAAUUUCUGGAUAUAGUGGAGAAUUGCAAGAGCUGCUUGAUGCAGAACUCUCAGCACGUAUUUUUCAAUUAAUAAAUGUCAUGGAUAAUGGUGCACACAGACAGAGGUCUGGUGAAAUAAGCAAGCAAAGACUUGAUCGUGCAAUUCUUACCUUCUUACAACAUUUCAAAAAAUCUUAUAUUGGUGAUCAAGCAAUGCAUUCUUCAAAGCAGUUAUAUUCCCGACUAUCAGAGCUUCUUGGACUCGAUGAUCACCUGCAAGUUUUGAAUGCUGUUGUUGGAAAUAUUGUUACAAAUCUGAAGUCUUAUGCUCAGUGCAACGAGGUCAUUGAUCAUACCUUAAACCUUUUCCUUGAAUUAACAUCCGGCAGAUAUAUGACAGGGAAGUUGCUCCUGAAGUUGGACACCAUUAAAUUCAUAAUAUCACAUCACACUAAAGAACACUUCCCCUUUCUAGAAGAGCCCAAGUGUUUCAGAAGCAGGACAACCUUUUACUACACUAUUGGCUUGCUUAUUUUCAUGGAGGAUAGCCUUUUAAAGUUUAAAUCUUCAAUGGAUCCUCUUAAGCAGGUUUUUAUUAGUUUGGAAUCUGCACCUGAUGCAUUGUUUCGGUCCGACAUGGUAAAAUGUGUGUUAAUUGGCUUGAUGCGGGAUCUCCGAGGAAUAGCAAUGGCGACAAAUAGUCGCAAAACAUAUGGCUAUUUUUUUGAGUGGCUCUAUCCUGCACAUACUCCACUUCUCUUGAAAGGCAUCUCGAAUUGGAUCGAUGUACCAGAGGUAACGACUCCAUUGUUGAAACUUGUGGCUGAGUUGGUGCUGAACAAGUCCCAGAGAUUGACCUUUGAUUCAUCUUCUCCUAACGGCAUAUUACUUUUUCGAGAAGUCAGCAAACUAAUUGUAGCCUAUGGAUCAAGGAUUUUACCUCUUCCCAAUAGAGCAGAUGUGUACACAUUCAAAUACAAAGGAAUAUGGAUUUGUCUAACGAUUCUGACUAGAGCACUGUCUGGAAACUAUGUCAAUUUUGGUGUCUUUGAACUUUAUGGUGAUAGAGCACUGGCUGAUGCUUUGGAAAUUUCUAUGAAGAUGAUAUUAUCAAUUCCUUUCAGUGAGGUGUUAGCAUUUCCAAAGCUUGCAGGUGCUUACUUUGGAUUCUUGGCAGUCCUUUUCGACAGUCAUUUAAAUUUUAUUUUGAAUUUAGAUACCAGCCGCUUCUUGUAUAUUGUUGGAUCUCUUGAUUCUGGACUUAAAGGUUUAAAUGAGAACAUCUCAUCUCAGUGUGCAUCUGCUGUUGAUCAUUUGGCAAGUUUUUAUUUUCUCCACAUUACUAUGGGAGAGUCGCCUACUUUGCCAGCUGCUCUCAAUCUUUCUCAGCGCUUAACUGAGUGCCCUGGUUUAUUACCACAAAUAUUAAAGACACUCUUUGAAAUUAUUAUAUUUGAUGACCGUGGUAACCGGUGGAGUCUUAGCAGGCCAAUGCUGAGCUUGAUACUUCUCAACGAAGAGAUGUUCACAACUAUAAAGAGUCAAAUUUUGGCGUCACAUCCAUUGGAUCAACGGCAGCAACUUUCUGUGUCCUUUGACAAACUUAUGGCGGAUAUAACCAGAAGCUUAGAUCAAAACAACAGGGACAAGUUCACCCAAAACCUCAACAGAUUCAAGAAUGCAAUCCGCACUGCUUAGUUUCGAUUGAUUAUUUUUGGGUCAACUGUAUAUUCGUGUCUAAUGUCUCUACUUGUCCGUUCCCGACUGAUUUCUGUUUUUAAUUUUUAUUUUGGGGAAGUGAUAUGGUGUACGAAUAUUUAAAGACCAGUUUUAGACCUACUUGUAGGAAGCAAUUUCUCUUAGAAGUUUAGUUAUACACUACAGACUACAGAAAAUAUGCUCAGCUUGGAUGGGUAAAAGAAAUUAAUCUAUAGAUAACAGAGGAAAAGCUUCAAUGAUUGGAUAUUAGUUUAACAACUUGAGUUGGUACCUUGCUAUGGUGAAUGUUAUUUUUGUUGUCCCUUUAAAUAUAUAAAUAAACCAAAUACAAAUAUUUGGCCAUUUCUUUUA